CCACCCGAUAGCCCGCGGAGCCCAUUCCCGACGCGCCAUGGCCACCACCCGCCGGAGAUCGUGAGAGAUCGCGCGCCGCCGGCGAUGACCUCGGCCGUGCUCGCCGGCCGGAAUGAGGCCCACCACCACCACCACCAUUGGGCCGACGCCCGCGUCCCGCGCAUGCACAAACCCUCCAACCCUAACCACCGCCCGACCCCAAACCCUAACCACCACCGCACCUCCUCCCCGCCGCCGCCACCGCCCCGGCGUCCAGCGCCUCCGCCCGCGGCCUCGCCGGAGCCCUCGCCGUCGGGCCACGUCCUGAUCCGCCCGUCCCGCCUCUCCCGCAGGGAGGCCCGGGAGGUGCGCGCGCGGCUCACCCGCGAGCUCGGCCGCGUCCGCGCCCUCCUCUCCCACAUCGACACGUGGGAGGACCAGCGCCCUCCGCCCCACCCCCACCCUCACCCCCCGCCGCAUCUCCGCGACGCGAUGCUGGCCCGGUGCGCGCAGAUCCUCACCAAGCUCCGCAAGCAGCGCAACUCCGUCUGGUUCAACCGCCCCGUCGACGUCGAGAAGUUCAAGCUCUACGACUACCACGCCGUCAUCAGAAACCCCAUGGAUCUCGGCACCGUGAAAUCCACCCUCGCCGCGGGCGCGUACGCCUCCCACGAGGCCUUCGCGGAGGACGUGCGGCUCACCUUCGCCAACGCGCUGCGCUACAACCCCGUAGGCCACGAGGUGCACAGAUCCGCGGGCAACCUGCUCGCCAACUUCGAGGCGCUCUACGGGGAGGCCGUCUCCUGGUUCGAGGAGGAGCGCGAGCGGGCUGAGUCGGCAAUGCCGCUCGAUUUCUCGCCGCCGGCGCCGCUGCCGCAGCAGCGGCUGAUUCCUGUGCCGGUGCAGGCGCCGCCCGUGCCUCUGAUUUCGCAGGAGCCGCUGAGGAUGGGUGUCGUUGGGAAGAGGCCCAAGCCCAAGGCCAGGGACCCCAACAAGAGGGACAUGACUGAGGAGGAGAUGCACAAGCUCAGGGUGGAGAUCGAGAGCUUGCCCGAGGAGAAGAUGGUGAACGUCCUGCAGAUUGUGCAGAAGAGGAGCACCGACCCGGCCCUGAUGGGGGAUGUUGUCGAGCUAGAUUUCGAGGAAAUGGAUGUCGAGACGCUGUGGGAGCUCGAUCGGUUCGUCGUCAAUUUGAAGAAGGUUCUCAAGAAGGGUCGGCAGAAUGGUGGUGCUGUAAUGCCUCCUCUCCUUCCCGCCGAGGAUGAUAUGGUGAUGGUGAAUGUGGAUUCUCCUUCGGUGGUUGAAAUUGGGGACUCGGAGACUGAUGCGCCGCACAAGAGGUCUUCAGAGGCUGAGAUGAUCGAUGAGUACGUGGAUAUUGGUGAUGAGAUGCCAGCAGCGAAUUACCAGUCGGUGGAGAUCGAGAAAGAUGCCCAGGUGGCCAGCAGCUCAAGUGGGUCCGAUAGCGGUUCAUCUUCAUCCAGUGAUUCUGGCUCUAGGAGCUCUGGUGGCUUUGAUUCUGAUGGGGAUGAUGCUCGGUCUCCAGAUUAGGUGGCGCUUCUUUCUCUGACAAUAGGAUUCUAGUGAUUUCAGUAGGUGACUAAGUUCUUUUGGCGAGGGUAGUGUAUAGGAAAUUGGAGGGAUUCGUGUCCAUUCAAGUUGUUGUGAGGGGUGUGUGUCUCGAUCCAGAUUAGGUUGUUGUUUAUGUUGGAGUAGUAGAUUGAUGUCUAGGUUGUUUGCUAGACGUCGGCCAUUGUAAAAAAAGGGGAUAUAAUUGGAAAAGGGAGAAGGGUAGCAAUGCCUUGGCAUUUUCAUCA